AUUUUUAAACCCUCGGACUGCCUUUUUCUAUUCUAAUUUCUAACCCCUUCACCCACCGCCUCUGCCUUAUCGAAACCGCGCCACCCGAUGUCGUUCUCCGCGGCGGCGCAUCUCCUUCCCCUCUCUUCCUCCGCCGCCUCCCGCCGCCGCCGCCCCAAUGGAACCACAACCGCCGCCGCAUCUUCAGGUCUCCACUCCCCUUCUUCCAUUCCGCAAUGCAGUCUCCCAUCUCCGUCCUCCUCCCAAAACCCUAAACCUCCGAAAUCUCCGCCUUUUCCUUUGACCUCUAUUCUCUCACCCAAAUCCAUAGCUGUCUCCGCUGCAUCCUGCAUUCUCUUUGGCAUCGCCAACCCUAUCUUAUCCGGCGCUGACUCUGUAUUCAAUUUCGGCGGCGGUGGGGGAGGAAAUAGCGGCGGUGGCGGUGGGGGAGGAAACGGCGGAGGAGAAGGCGGUGGUUUCUGGAAUUUCUUGUCACCCGCUGCUAUCGCUAAAGACGACGAUCCCCAACAGGAUUGGGAUUCUCAUGGACUGCCUGCCAACAUCGUUGUUCAGCUUAACAAGCUCAGUGGCUUCAAAAAGUACAAGGUCUCGGAGAUCUUAUUCUUCGACCGUAGACGCGGCUCCUCUGUUGGCACAGAUGACUCCUUCUUUGAGAUGGUCUCUCUUCGGCCUGGGGGCGUUUACACCAAAGCGCAGCUUCAGAAGGAGCUCGAGACGCUAGCCACUUGCGGAAUGUUCGAAAAGGUCGAUUUGGAGACGAAGACGAACCCGGAUGGCUCAAUUAACAUAACUAUUCCGUUCCUCGAAUCGACAUGGCAGUCUGCAGACAGAUUCCGGUGCAUCAAUGUGGGACUUAUGCCGCAGUCCAAGCCUAUUGAGAUGGAUGCUGAUAUGACUGAGAAGGAGAGGCUCGAGUUCUACAGGAGCCAGGAGAAGGAUUACAGGAGGAGGAUUGAUAGAUCCCGGCCUUGCUUGCUGCCGAUGUCUGUGCAGAGAGAAAUUCUGCAGAUGUUGAGGGAUCAGGGAAAAGUUAGUGCGAGAUUGUUGCAGAGGAUUAGGGACAGGGUGCAGCAGUGGUACCAUGAUAAUGGAUAUGCUUGUGCUCAAGUUGUGAAUUUUGGCAAUUUGAAUACCAAAGAGGUGGUUUGUGAAGUGGUGGAAGGUGAUAUCACGCAGCUGGUGAUUCAGUUCCAAGAUAAGCUUGGCAAUGUCUGUGAGGGGAAUACUCAGUUGCCGGUGAUAAAAAGAGAGUUGCCAAAGCCGCUCCGCCAAGGACAAGUUUUCAAUAUUGAGGCUGGGAAGCAAGCACUAAGGAACAUAAAUUCCUUAGCCCUUUUCUCGAACAUCGAGGUGAACCCUCGUCAAGAUGAGAAGAAUGAGGGAGGUAUCAUUGUCGAAGUCAAACUUAAGGAACUGGAACAGAAGUCUGCAGAAGUUAGUACUGAGUGGAGUAUUGUACCUGGUCGUGGGGGCCGUCCUACGCUGGCUUCAGUGCAACCUGGAGGAACAGUUUCUUUUGAGCACCGAAACAUUAAUGGUUUGAAUAGGUCACUUCUUGGUUCAGUGACCACCAGCAACUUCCUUAAUCCCCAGGAUGAUCUUGCUUUCAAGCUAGAGUAUGUUCAUCCUUAUGUAGAUGGUGUAUACAAUCCUCGCAACCGUACCUUCCGUGCUAGUUGCUUCAACAGUAGAAAGCUGAGUCCAGUCUUCACUGGGGGACCUGGAAUAGAAGAAGUUCCCCCUAUAUGGGUUGACAGAGCUGGGUUGAAAGCCAACAUUACGGAGAACUUAACAAGGCAAAGCAAGUUUACUUAUGGGCUGGUGAUGGAGGAAAUAACAACACGUGAUGAAAGCAGUCACAUUUCUGCAAAUGGUCAAAGGGUGUUGCCAAGUGGUGGAGUUAGUGCAGAUGGGCCUCCGACGACUCUCAGCGGCACUGGAAUUGAUCGUAUGGCUUUUCUGCAGGCCAAUAUCACACGUGACAACACAAGAUUCCUAAAUGGGGCUAUAGUUGGUGAUAGAAAUGUGUUUCAGCUUGAUCAAGGUCUUGGAAUCGGUAGCAAGUUUCCAUUCUUCAAUCGCCAUCAAUUAACCCUCACCAAGUUUAUCCAGUUGAAGAAUGUAGAGGAAGGUGCUGGGAAGCCACCACCUCCUGUUUUAGUUCUCCAUGCUCGUUAUGGUGGUUGUGUUGGAGAUCUACCCAGCUACGAUGCAUUUACUUUGGGAGGGCCUUAUUCUGUCCGAGGAUAUAACAUGGGAGAGUUGGGAGCUGCAAGAAAUAUAGUUGAGGUGGCUACUGAGCUCCGGAUACCUGUGAGAAAUACGCACGCUUACGUGUUUGCAGAGCAUGGAAACGAUCUCGGGAGUUCAAAGGAUGUCAAAGGAAAUCCGACAGAGGUAUACAGGAGACGGGGCCAAGGAUCCUCAUACGGUGUUGGGGCAAAGUUAGGGCUAGUGAGAGUAGAGUAUGCAGUCGAUCAAAACUCUGGAAGCGGCGCUGUAUUCUUCCGGUUUGGAGAGAGAUUCUAAACCAGUUUUGCGCACGUCGUUCAACCAGAUAAGGAUUUGACAUAUUCUGACUCGACAUUUAGUUGCUCUUUCAUCGGUGUGGAUUGCAUUUUACAAUUGGUAAUAAAGUGGCUAUUGAACUAUGGAAAUAUGUUGAAGAAUUUAAACCUAGUAUCUAUCUAGUUCUUUAGCUGCUGUCGGAGAUGGCUUUGUUUCUUUCCUUGAGUGUAAUGUCACUUUCAAUAUUUUUGAAUUCUAAAAUAUAUAUGUAUAAUUUGAAUGCCA